UCGGCCUCCCAAAGUGCUGGGAUUACAGGCAUGACCCACCGCACCGGCCAAGAGUAUUCUUUUUAAAUAAAAGUUAUGACCGUAGUCUAGAGGAGGGGGUCAUUACAGAAGGGCUCUAUGGCCCUGAACUCACACCCAUAAACACCCUCAAAGAUGGACUUUGAAUUGUUAUUUCCAAAUGAGGUUAGUGGCCAACCACAGGACUAGUGCAGCAGGACUGGGAAGAUGAGGUUCUCCAUAAAAUGCUUGUGUCCUAUUCCUUCCAUAUGUAGAGUGGACCAUGCUUUCUUGCAAUGAUAUAAUAUUUUGUAUAUAUUAAAACCACUACUCUGUUAAAGAAAAUAUUUUGCUUAAAGCAUCACAAUUUUUACAACCCCAUUUUGGCAUUUCUUAUUUUUUUUAAAGAGCUAGAUGCUUUCGAGGGAAAAAAAAAAUACAGUGGCCCAGGCCUGUCUAUACCCUGAAAGGCCUUGGAGAUUAAUUAGGCUUUUCGUUGUCUGCAUCUAUGGAAAGCCUUGCCAGCAAGCCCACCUGCUCACGACCCAAACCAUGCCUAUUUAUGGGGGGACAAAUUCCGGGUUUGUAGGUGCAUCACUAAAGCAAGAGGUAGCAGCCACUGUCCGGAAUCUAGACCCAAUGAAGUCUCCUGUCCUGUCCACUCUGCCUUCUCAGCCCACUGCUUGCCUCCCCGCCCUCAGCCCAUUGUGACUUCAUGUUAGUUAUUCCAGAAUGAGCUUCUUCCUGGGUUCUUUUCCCUCUGAACUCUGCCCCAUAGUGAGGUGAGGGGCUCAAAUGAGGAUAGAAUAUGCCAGGCUGGCAGCAGACAUGGGCCCUGGAUGGAGGGUUCUCUGGUCUCAGAUGGCUAGGAAUGGAUAUCAGCCCAGUCAAGGGGGUCCUUCUGCCAUGGCCAGCCUGACCCAGCAUCCUUUGCCCCCGGGGGCCACCAGAUCAGGAGAGAGAGAAACCAAAGACUGGAAGAUACAAAGGCCUAAGUUGUAGAAUGGGUUCCAAGCAGAAGGCAGGACUCAGAAUCAGAGAAGCGGCCCUUUCACUGAGCCUGGGGACAGCUGUCAGGGUAGGAGACAGGACCCAGGCCUCAGGCAAUGCAUGCCAGGCUAGACAUGAGGGAUGCUGCAGCCUCUCCCCACCCCACUCUCCCCACCCCACCCCCAACUGCCUUCCUCACAAUGGGGUUCAUUGUUGAGGUGGUAGGGGGCACCUAGGGAGGGUGCAGCAGGGGGCCUGCCUGUCAGACAUCCUUGGGGAGCCUGCCCUUUCAAGCAUGAACCAUACCACCAGAGAUCACCCAGCGUGCUCUUAGCUCUGCCUGCCUGGUGUAGGGUCCUGGAGACCUUCUUGGAGCUCAUCCAGCAGCCAUCAUGCAAGGUGGUGCUGGGGACUGCCCUUUUGCUAGGAGGUGGAGGUCUCAUGCUGUGGGUUCAGAAAAAGAGGAGAAGAAAGGCAACCUCUGAGUGUCCACCAGACAAGGACAAGUCACCAGAAUCCCAUAAAGCAAAGAAUGAAAGCUGGAUCAAAUCUCACUUUAGCCGCCUUUCCGAAGAGAAGCUGGCCCGCAGCAACAAUGCCAGCACCAAUGGCAAUGCUACCCAGACUGAGAGUGGGAGUGGAGAGGCCAGCACCACGAUUCACAUGGAGACCUUCACCACGAGGCACGGAGAAGUGGGCUCCGCUCUGCGCCGGGAAUCCUUCACCAGCAGGCAGAAGGCAUCUGGGCCGCCAGUGAUCCAAGAGAUCCACCAGGAGUCUGGAAAAGCCCCAUCCACCGAUGAGGCCACGUGGGCUGCUGUGGCUGCCUGCACCAAGGAGAUUGACACCCAGGGGCGGCACCUGGCUCACUCCAUGCUGCAGCGGGCCACAGCUUACCAGCACUCAGGUCACCUGGAGUCCAAGGACAUCAACCAGGAGGAGCUGAGGGCCCUCGAGGAAGUGGAGAUGAAGCUGCAAAAGAAUUUCCUCACCCAGCGGGAAAACACCAUAGCUGGUGCCAACCACACACACACUUUCUAUGGCCACAGUCACCACAGUCACCACGGCCACCCGAGCCACCAGAGCCACAGUCUGCCCAACCGCAGACACUAGAUCUAUGACUGCUUGGAAGCCAUCUAACCAUGGAUGGAGACACCCCUGCCCCCAGCAAGGCUGGCUCACACACACGUCUGUUUUCUCUCCUAUGGGGCCAUCUAUGCAGCCCAGGGUGAGAUGCUGCGUCCAAAUCCCUACUUUCUUAGGCUCCCCACAGGGAUCAUGGGCCCUUUCAACUCCAUGAGUGGGGUCUGCCACAGAAGAUGGCCCCUGUUGGAGGGAGAGCUGGGAGGACACAGCGCAGGUGAGACAGACCCUGAGGCCCCUGAAGACCCACCAAGCGAAGACAGAUGGGAGCAGGCAAGAGCCCCACACUGAUGUCAUUGCCUGGAACGGAGCCAAUAAAGCUUUGCGUGCCUUCA